AUGCGAACCAGUUUCGAUCCGGAAAUGGAGUUGCCCAAAUUUCAGAAAUGGUUCCAAGAGAAUCCCCAUCUUUCACGCCAGCAUAUUCAGAAUUAUGUGGUGCAAUUAAAUGCCUUGGAGUCGCGUCGAGGUCGCAAGCCUUUGGAUGUCAAUAAUGUGGUCUACUGGUUUAAGAAUGCUCGCGCAGCCCAGAAACGGGCCGAGAUGAGGGGCAAUGUGACCACCACAAUGAGUGCCCUGGGACACGCGGCCAUGAACGGUUAUCUGAGUCAGCAUCAUGGAGCCCAAUUAGGGCAGAACUCCAGCUCGAGUGCUGGUAGCCAGCCCAGCAUGAGCAUGGGCAAUCUGUCGGGCAAGUCGCAUGAUUAUCUCAAGAGUCCCAUGAGCUUGAAAUCAGAAGAUAUUGAUACCAUGUCCCAGCAUUCCAAUGAUAUGGAUGAGGAGGCGCCUGUGAGUCGGUCAAAUACUCCACAAUUGCCGCUCUCCCUGACCACCCACGAGACGAAUCGGAAUUCCCCGCUCAUGGAUGGCGAUGAGGAGCACGAUGACGAUGAGGCCACAGCACCCACAAGAGCUAAGAGUGAAAUUAGCGAUGUGAUCAAUGGCAAUGUGCAUAGGGACGAACGCCAACAGCAACAGCAGCAGGAGAAAUCCAAUGAAGAGCACAAGGAUGACAUUUCCAAGGAGCAUACGGAAGGUGGACAUAACGAGCAGGAUCAUGAGCAAUUACCCGAUGAUUCGGCUCUCAAUCACAACAACAAUGAGAAUAAGUUGACCACCCCGAAAUGCCGCAGCACACCCAAAGAGGAGGAAGAUGAUCUGGAUAUGGAUGACGAUGACUUGGAGGACAAUGACAAUGAGAACGAUGCCAGUCAUUUGGAUGAAUUUCGUUCCCCCUCGCCGGCCAUGGAUGGCAAUUUGGUGGCCGCCUCGCACAAGGAUCAACAAUUGCCCUUUCCAUGGCGGCAGCUGCGGCGGCGGCAGCUGCAUCAGCUGCGGCUGGUAUGCAACCGAAUGCAUACCGGGGCCGGGCUCAAUCUCUCGAGCAUCUGGAAUGAGGAGCGACGCAAAAGGAAUCGCACUUUCAUCAAUCCGGUCACCGAAGUGCCCAAAUUGGAGCAAUGGUUUGCCAUGAACACGCAUCCGUCGCACAAUUUGAUACUCAAAUACACUGAAGACUUGAACACCAUGCCCUACAGGCAAAAAUUCCCCGGCCUGGAGAGCAAGAAUGUGCACUUCUGGUUCAAGAAUCGCCGUGCUAAAUGCAAACGUCUCAAGAUGUCACUCUAUGACAGCAGUCAGUGUGCCCAAAUGGGCACUCUAGCUUUCUGCUCUCUGACGUGA